UUUACAUCAGUAUCUCUCAACAUCAGAAGUGACCAUAAUAUGUGAUAUCUAAGGGUUCAAAAUAACAAGACCAUGACAAGAGUCAAGAAAACUCUAUAUCCUGUCUGUGUGUGAGGAAUAAUUUCAUCCUUGUACAGGUCACUUUUGUUUUUCCCUGGGCUGCAUACCUAUGGUAAAAUCAAUUGCAGAAUUUUGGAAUGAGACCACCAUUUUUGGCUUAAGACAGGUAGGAUCCUUCUGCUGCUCACAAUGAAAUGCACUUCCCCUGAAACACUUUGAUCCUGACUUUAAGGACCUUGGAGUUUUGAAGCCAUUGCCAGCGUGUGAGUUUGAGAUGGGCGGCCCAGAAGGAAUUGUGGAGUCCAUACAAAUUUUGAAGGAAGGCAAAGCUUCUGCCAGCGAGGCUGUGGAUUGCAAGUGGUACAUCCGAGCCCCUCCACGAUCCAAGAUAUACUUACGCUUCUUGGACUAUGAGAUGCAGAAUUCAAAUGAAUGCAAAAGGAAUUUUGUGGCUGUCUAUGACGGAAGUAGUUCCGUGGAGGAUUUGAAAGCUAAGUUCUGUAGCACUGUGGCUAACGAUGUGAUGCUCCGCACAGGUCUUGGGGUGAUCCGCAUGUGGGCAGACGAGGGCAGCCGAAACAGCCGAUUUCAGAUGCUCUUCACAUCCUUUCAAGAACCUCCUUGUGAAGGCAAUACAUUCUUCUGCCACAGUAACAUGUGUAUUAAUAACACAUUGGUCUGCAAUGGACUCCAGAACUGUGUAUAUCCUUGGGAUGAAAAUCAUUGUAAAGAAAAGAGGAAAACCAGCCUGCUGGACCAGCUGACCAACACCAGUGGGACUGUAAUUGGCGUGACUUCCUGCAUUGUGAUCAUCCUUAUUAUCGUUUCUGUCAUUGUACAGAUCAAACAGCCUCGUAAAAAAUACGUCCAAAGGAAAUCAGACUUUGACCAGACCGUUUUCCAGGAGGUGUUUGAGCCUCCUCACUAUGAAUUAUGUACUCUCAGAGGGACAGGAGCAACAGCUGACUUUGCAGAUGUGGCGGAUGACUUUGAAAAUUACCAUAAACUGCGGAGGUCAUCUUCCAAAUGCAUUCAUGACCAUCACUGUGGAUCCCAACUGUCCAGUACUAAAGGCAGCCGCAGUAACCUCAGCACAAGAGAUGCUUCUAUCUUGACAGAAAUGCCUGCACAGCCCGCCAAGCCCCUCAUCCCACCCAUGAACAGAAGAAACAUUCUCGUCAUGAAACACAACUACUCGCAAGAUGCUGCAGAUGCCUGUGACAUCGAUGAAAUCGAGGAGGUGCCAACCACGAGUCACAGGCUGUCCAGACAUGAUAAAGCCGUCCAGCGGUUCUGCCUCAUUGGGUCUCUAAGCAAACAUGAAUCUGAAUACAACACAACUAGGGUCUAAAAAGAAAAUUCAAGAGAAGAACUAUUUAUACAAACAUGGGGACUGUGAAAAGAAAAUUCUAUAGUGAAUUGUGAAAAGUGGACAUAUUUCUAAAUUCAUUCCACUGCCUUUAUCCAAACUUAAGAAUUACAGACAUUUGUUACUCCUUCGGCAAGACACCCCCGCUGCACAAUGAUAUGUUCAUUUCGUAAUUUGGUUGCUGGCCACCAAGUGCUCCUUAGUUUUUAAAUACAUUUUGAGAUUUACUGGAAACUUGAAGAAGAAAUUAGUUCCUGAUUAAGACUAUCCCAACCUUAUUUUUAUUGUCAGUUUCACUUUUGUUUCUAUGUUGUUUAUGUCUUUGUUAUAUAAUUGUACAUUGUGUGAUAUGUGGGAAAAAAAACCCCAACUUUGGAUGAACCUUAUGUUACAUAUACAUUGUUUUCAUUAUAUAGACUGCUUGAGAAUAGUGCGUUCCUGAGUGAUUUUGAACAUGCUACAGUGAAAAGUGAAAAUGUGGACCAUGGAAACACCAGCUAGAGCUUUUACGGACUAUACACACUCAUUAUUUUGGUGUUAUUAUUAAACACAGUAAUAAGUAAUGAGUCAAAUUACUAGACGGCAAUAAGAAAAAUCUCAUUUUUUGUCUUCCCUGUAUAACCAUAAUUUCUUUUUUAUGUUGUAUCAAAGGAUGAUACCAAGUUUCAGAAAUCAUUUUGAAAUUAGGUAUUUUACCGUUUAUACCCUACAAUAGACAUGCUUUUGAUUAGACACUUAGCAAUAUGACUGAAUUGACAGUUUGAGAAAAUACCCUGCAUGUCAGUACUGGAUAUUUGAGUUGGGGAAAUAUCCUCUUUAUUAGACACAUUGUAAAAAGCAUGCAUUCUCAAUACUGCUGUUACUCUUUCAUUU